AUGGCAGAACGCAGGCUUCCCUUCUUCUUCGUCCUCAUAGUGGCCUUGGCCAUGUCCUCGGCCCUGCUUGGUGGCGCCCCUGUGCGGGCCCAGCAGAUGUGUGGAGCUGACCUUGGACUGUUACUGUCGCUGUGCCGCGCGUACGUCGUCCCUGGCCCCCGAAAGGAUCCAUCCAAGGAGUGCUGUGCCGAGGUCCAGAAAGCCGACAUCGUGUGCCUCUGCAAGAACAUCCCGUCGGAGGUGGAGAAGAAGAUUAGCAUGGAGAACGCCGUCUACGUCGCCAAGUGUUGUGGGAAGUCUGUUCCCAGUGGAACCAAAUGCGGAAGUUACAUUGUUCCAAUGGCAUGA